AUUGGCUAAGGCAUCUUCGUUAAAGUGUCUAGAGCCAAAAUUAAUAGGGUAUACUAUCAACUAUGCAUAUUUCAAAGAUUUCAGUGGGGGAAGAUGCCCCCACCGCGUGUAAUACAGGUCCGCAUAUGGCGAAGGCUGACUAAUGUGUUGUGAGAAUAGGAUAGACCGCAAGGCAUCUGUUUUAUAUUGCGUGGGAGAGACUCUAGGCUCUCAAAAGCUAGGGCAGUGUCCGUAGUUUACUUGAAAGAUGGGGGAGCUGGUGACUGAAAAACAUGUUCGAUAUAUUUUAGCUGCUGAAAAGAGGAAAGAUGACUUUGAGUCUGUGGUAAUGGAGCACCUGAGAAUGAAUGGGGUAUAUUGGGGACUGACUACACUUGAUCUGCUGGGAAAGCUAGACACUGUGGAUGUCAAUGAGUUUGUUUCAUGGGUCAUGAGUUGUCAACAUGAAUCAGGGGGAUUUAGUGGAAACAUUGGACAUGACCCGCACAUUCUGUAUACGCUAAGUGCUGUUCAGGUUUUGGCUCUCUUCAACAAGCUUGACAUUAUUGAUGUGGAUAAGGUGACAAAAUAUAUUGUUAGCCUGCAAAAUGAAGAUGGAUCCUUUUCCGGGGAUAUUUGGGGCGAAGUUGAUACACGGUUCUCAUAUAUUGCCAUAUCUUGUCUGUCAAUAUUACAUUGUUUGGAUAAAAUUAAUGUGGAGAAGGCCGUGAAGUACAUUUUAAGCUGCAAAAAUAUGGAUGGUGGCUUUGGUUGCACACCGGGUGGGGAAUCUCACGCUGGGCAAAUUUUCUGUUGUGUUGGAGCUCUUGCUAUAACGGGUUCACUGGAUCUUGUUGACAAGGACCUGCUUGGGUGGUGGUUAUGCGAGCGACAAGUCAAAUCUGGAGGUUUAAAUGGCCGUCCUGAGAAACUACCUGAUGUUUGCUACUCAUGGUGGGUUCUUUCUAGCUUGAUCAUGAUUGAUAGGGUUCAUUGGAUUAACAAGGAGAAGCUUAUAAAGUUUAUUUUAAAUUGCCAGGUUGUUUUAGCGGAAUUGCUUUCAUGUGAUUUUGAAUCAGACACGGAAAAUGGAGGAAUUUCAGACAGACCCGAUGAUGCUGUGGAUAUCUUCCAUACAUAUUUUGGGGUGGCUGGACUUUCACUACUUGAAUAUCCAGGAGUGAAACCAAUAGAUCCAGCUUAUGCUUUACCAGUUGACGUUGUAGACCGAAUCUUCUUUAAAUAAAUAAGGGCUCUUAUUUCGACACUUUUUCCCUUUUUUUUCCUUUCUUCUUCUUCUUCUUUUUUUGUGACAUAUUUCCGCAUUCAUGGUAAAGACGAAACCCUGUCACGCUUGAGAGCUAGAUCGGUUUCAUAUUUGCAAACCAUGUAGUUUGAUGAAUCUUACCUUGGACAUAGUAGUACCGUCCAUAUGGAAUCAUGAAACUGUCUUCAUUGUAUACCUAAACUCAAUGUGGGGCCUUAGUUAAUCCUUUCAAAUUCAUCACUUUGUGCGUAGAAAAUACUUUAUAGCAAUUCAUUCUUGAUACAAGUCACUUGUAACGCAUUUUUACAUGCUAAGAAAUAUACUAAAUUGUCAAA